GGCUGGGUGGCAACAGCCCGAGUUUAUCAGCGUUAAACCAAAGCUAACCGCGAGGCGGAAGAAUGAGCGUUUGAUUUUCUUCUUAUUUAACUUUUUGCCCGGGUUCAAGCAAGCCUUUCCUCUGGCGUGUGCGAGCGGGGUCCAGUCCGACGGGGGGGAACACCAAGGGAGACUCCAUGAAAAAUGACAGAGGAGGUGAUUGUUGUAGCCAAGUGGGACUACACGGCCCAGCAGGACCAGGAACUUGACAUCCGUAAAAAUGAGCGUCUCUUCCUCCUGGAUGACUCCAAAACCUGGUGGAGGGUCCGCAACACCUCCAACCAGACGGGCUACGUCCCCUCCAACUACGUGGAACGCAAGAACAGCCUGAAGAAAGGCUCGCUGGUGAAGAACAUCAAGGACACGCUCGGUUUGGGGAAGACCAAGAGGAAGACAAGCGCCCGUGAUGCCUCCCCAACGCCGAGCUCAGACACUGAGUACCCUUCCAAUGGCAACGGUGGAGGAGGAGGCGGCGGCGGCAGUGGCGCAGAGAGAAUCUAUGACCUCAACAUUCCCGCCGUGGUCAAGUUCGCCUACAUGGCGGAGCGGGAGGACGAGCUGACGCUUAUGAAAGGCUCCAGGGUGGUGGUGAUGGAGAAGUGCAGCGACGGCUGGUGGCGAGGCAGCCAGGCAGGCCGGGUGGGCUGGUUCCCCUCCAACUACGUCCAGGAGGAACUGGGUGGAGGGAUAGACAGGGGGGAGGGAGACCCCACACCAGGCGGCUACCAUGGCAUCUCUGAGGGGUCGACGCUGGCAAAUGGGCGUGCCGGUGGCCGCAGCGGUGUCCUUCACCUGGUUCAGACGCUCUACCCAUUCAGCUCGGUGACGGAAGAGGAGCUGAACUUUGAGAAGGGCGAGGUGAUGGAGGUUGUGGAGAAGCCUGAGAACGACCCCGAGUGGUGGAGGUGUAAGAACAGCCAUGGCCUGGUGGGCCUGGUGCCCAAAAACUAUGUGGUGGUCCUGAACGAGGGGCCCGGCCAGCCCACCUCCGUGCAGAGCUCCCCCCAGCACCACCCGGCGGGACCGGCCCGCUCGGGGAGGUUCGCAGGACGAGACUGGUACUACGGCAACAUCACCCGACACCAGGCCGAGAGUAUCCUCAACGAGAGAGGAGAGGAGGGUGACUUCCUCAUACGAGACAGCGAGUCAUCUCCCAGUGAUUUUUCAGUCUCUCUGAAGGCGGCGGGUAAGAAUAAGCACUUUAAAGUGCAGCAGUCUGAGGAAGCGUACUGCAUCGGCCAGCGCAGGUUCACCUCCAUGGACGAACUGGUGGAGCACUACAAGAAAGCGCCCAUCUUCACCAGCGAACACGGAGACAGGCUGUACCUGGUCAAAGCGCUGCUGUGACACACACACACACACACACACACACACACACACACACACACACACACCUACACUGGAACAUGCUUGUAUGAGACACAUACACAUGAACAGACAGACACUUGUACCAAUUCCACUCCCCCCCCCCCCCAUCUGUCUUAAUGCAAGCCUUAGCUCUGGACUUUCUCGCUGUGUGCACGUGGGAACAUACA